UACAUACAUAUUAAAUGAUACGGAUCGAUCGGAGUAUUUCGAUCCUUGAUUACUUAAAUUAACUGCGAUCAAAUAAUUAAAUAUGGAUUGCGGUGCUUCGAGUUCGACGGCGGCGGAGCCUUCGAGCAAUGAUUAUAUUGCUGCGGCGCCGACGCAGCCGCUCGCGGAUCGAAUCAUCCGUGCCCUCCGUCACCCGCUCCGCCUCCUCCACCGCUCCGACGCGCUGUUCUUCGUGCUGGGGGCCACUGCCAACGUUUACACUGUCAACCUCGGCGGCGCCACCAUACAUUGCACAUGCCCCGACCCUACUGCUCCUUGCAAACACAUUCUCUUCGUCAUGAUCCGGGUACUAGGACUUAAGCUCCACGAUCCAUGCAUAUGGAGGAAGAGUCUUCCGCCACGACAGCUCAACCGGCUACUGGGCUUGCCAACCUCUGCAGAUGCAGUCGCCGGGACAAAGCUGCGAGAAAAGUUCCACCAGCUUUUCUCUCGGGAAAGGCCGCGGCACCCAGUAAUGGUGAUACCGGAGGGAGCGGCAUGCCCGGUUUGCUUGGAGGAAAUAGAGAGGGAAGAGCGAAGAGUAGCAGCCUGCGGAACGUGUAAGAACCCGAUUCAUGAGGAGUGCUUGCAGGCAUGGAGGAAGCAGAGCAAGCCCAGGAGAUCCUUCAGUUGUGUGCUCUGCCGUGCACGAUGGCGAGAUGUGAGGGCGGCGAACCCGGGUUUGUAUCUUAACUUAUCCAAUUAUGUAUCUUAGAGACGACGACGACCGAUAUGGUCAUGUACGUAUUAAUUGGUUGCAUGCGGUGAGAUCUAGUCGUUGUGGCGGUUAGCGUGCGCCACAAUAUAAUGCAUGGUGUACAUAUGUAUGUAGUGAAACUCAUUGAAUUUCGAUCUUAUAUUAUGACUAUAAACUUGAUUCACCAAAAGAUGACUUAUAG